AUGAAAUUUGCUCCAAAGAAGCCUCACUUCUUUAAACCUAUUUUGCCAAAUUUCAAGCAUGGAAUUAAAAUACCUGUAGCUUUUUGCAAGCAUUUGAAAGGAUGUAAUCAAGAACAUGCAAUAUUGAGAAAGUCUGGUAAGAAGUGGCAGGUAAAAGUGAACGGACGAUUAUUAGAUGAGGGUUGGGCUAUAUUCGCAAAAGAAAACGAUUUACAGUUGGGAGAUUGCUUGAUAUUCAGACAUGAAGGAGAUUUCGAGUUUGAAGUUUCCAUCUUUGAUUCAAAUCACUUUGAGAGAGUAUACGAACAGACUCCGAAAGGAGGAGAGGAAAUCAAUCAUACCUGCAAGAAAAUUAUAUCACAAGGUUUGACAAAGCUCAACGUCAAGUCGAAUGAGAUUAUCCCCAAAGUAGAAGCUGCAGAGAACAUGCCUCUCGAUCGCCCUCAUUUCAUUUUUACUGUCACACCUUAUUGCCUUACAAGGGACCAUGUACAACUUCCUGUCCAAUUUGCACGGGAUAACAGUCUCAUGAAUAGGAGAUGUACUAUAACGAUAAGGGAUGAGCAAAGGUCUUUGACAUUUGCACUGUAUUCGUCUGGUGCGCACACCUACAUUAAAGGCAAAUGGCGUGAAUUCUGCAUUGCAAAUUGCUUGAAGAAAGGAGAUCAGAUAAUGCUCGCGAUACUUGAUAAUGGAAUGAAUCCUGUAUUGAGAUUCUACGAUUUGAGAACAAACGCAUCACUUCAACUCGAAGUGAAGAAGCCUAAUUUGGAUGCUGAAAAAGUUUCAUCCCGAAAGGAAGUAGCAAUUGUACCUGCUUCACCAUCUGCCAAUGCCAACAGUCAAUUUGUUUCGAUUAUCCAUCCUUAUGCCAUCAUCAGAGCUCUUUUCUAUCUUCCAUUGGCUUUUGCAAGACCAAAUGGCUUGAUGAGACGUUGUAAGAUGAUUCUCAAGGAUGAGAAACAACGAUCAUGGUCAGUGCAACUAGGAGAAGUUGGACCUCGUUUUGCAAUUACCAAGGGAUGGCGACAGUUCAGAGAAGCAAAUGAUGUCCAAGUAGGAGAUACUUAUAAGUUUGAACUCAUUCACAAUGGCACAACACCUGUAGCGUAUUUUCAUCGUACGAGAGCAGAUGCAUCAGUUCAGCCAGAUGAAAAGAAGCCUAAUUUGGACGUUAGAAGAGUUUCAGCCCGAAGUAAUGAAGCAGAUGUACCUGCUUCAACAUGUGUUAACGCGGACGCACUCAAUUUGUUUCUACUAUCAAUCCCUAUUGCAUCAACAGUCCUUUUAUCCUUGGUUAAUAGACGUUGUAAGAUGAUUCUGCGAGAUGAGAAACAGAGAUCAUGGUCAGUACUGCUAGCACCAAUGGGACAUCACACUGCAAUUACCAAGGGAUGGCGACAGUUCAGAGAAGCAAAUGGUGUCCAAAUCGGAGAUACUUAUAAGUUUGAACUCAUCGACAAUGGCACGAUACCUAUAGCAUAUUUCCAUUGUAAAUAUUCUAGGAAUGAUGAAGAAGCAUCAGAGAAGUCAUUGACAAAUAUAAAUAAGCAGUUAGUGAUAUACAAGGAAAACUAG